AUGUAUCCAGACUGGCCCGAAUCAGAUGCAGACUUGGUUCCCUUGCCCCAGUGCGAUGGACCCAAGUUGAAGCCUUUCAAGUUUUCUGGUCCACGAAAGAUCGAGUUUGUCGAUUAUGUUGGAGGAGGGGCACAUUCGCAAGUCUUCAAAGUCAAGAUUGAAGGAGAGAUCUAUGCUCUCAAAGUGUUCCGAUGGAACGAACCCGCGGACUUUCUUCCAUUCGGUGAGUGGCCAAUUGAGGUUGCAAAAUGGAACGAAAAUCAUGGCGAGGACCUUCCAGCGUUCUCUGCCUAUAGUGAGCCCUUCAAUAGCGAAUGUCGGGCGUACGGCCGUCUCCAGGAAUCCGGAUACGAGGAAUUGGCAAUACGGGUUUUCGGGUACGUUCUUAUCAACGAGGAGGAGGAGGAGGAGAUGAUGCAUCUUGUGGAAGUCGAGGAUGACCCUGACAUCCAGCGUGAAACCUGGGGGAAUGAUGCACAACGCAAACGCUUUCCCGGGAAGAGGACUGGCCGAAAACCCCCGUUUCGAGCCAUCGUCAAGGCUUUUGGGAAAGUAGACCUCGAGAACCCCCUCAAGCCGUCAGUCCUAAAAAAAUUGUUCAGGAACUUGCUUCAACUGCAUCAGUUGGGUAUCGUCGAUCUUGACAUCGUGCCUGGAAAUCUCGUCAACGGCAGGCUUGGAGAUUUCAGCACGGCCAUGACAACUCCGAAUUUCAUCAUGACACCUGAAUUGAAUCCGUCCCUCUCGCCCGAGCAGGUGGCUCUCCUAAGAGGUGAAACUUUCCGACUCUGUCGUAACGACUUUAAACUCCUCAACGAGGAAGUGAAACUGUGGAACAAACAGCAGAAGGCAGCCAAGGACAAAAUGUCAUUCCCAGAACUCGAGCAAAAACCACGAUACAACCUGAGAAAACUGCCCUUCCGUGAUGCUCGUCCCUAUACCUUCGCCGACCCUGGGCUGUACGAUUGGAAGAAGUCAUCGAUGGCGAGUGGGACGGGGAACACUUCAGUGGCAAGCAGAAAGAGAAAGGCCCCGGGUGAAAAUGUGACACAGAAACGGCUCGAUCCCUACCCUGCCAGAUGGUAUUACGAGUGUUCUGACGAGGAUCGCCGCGUCGACUACCAGUACAGAGAUGGUGUGAUCUUUCCAAUGCCUAGAAAAAUCCAUCUGCAGAUGCCGAAGCCCCAAGUGCCGACCGGCGGUGGCCUCUUCGGUAACCCUUUCCCGAGGUUGCGCGAGCGAAACGGAGGCUGA